AUGAUCCAGACAAGUCUGCUCCCGUCAACCCACGGAGAUCUAGUCACAGAUGCUGCAUACGAUUUCUAUGGACUAAGACUUGCUACUUGUUCAUUAGACCAACGAAUAAAGACAUGGACAUUGGACGAAACGACAGGAAAUUGGGCGAGUGAUGAUGACUGGAAAGCCCACGAUGCGCCUGUUUGUCGGCUAUCCUGGGCACAUCCAGAAUAUGGAACCAUCCUUGCGAGCUGUUCGUUUGAUAAAACGGUGAAGAUUUGGGAAGAAGGCGGCGUGGAACCUGCCCGCGGCAGCGACGCCAACGCUGGCUCGAGAUGGCGCGAGCGCGCGACGCUGAGCGAGAGCAGAACAACUGGAGCAAGUGUACGGGCCGUAGAGUUUGCACCAAGACAAUUUGGACUAAAAUUGGCAGUCCUGUCAUCGGAUUCGAUUCUUCGCAUCUAUGACUGUGUCGAGCUUCACAAUCUCGCGACGUGGAAUCUCACGUUUACUAUCGACGUGCGCCUACUGCAGCCACCUUCCACACCGCCGAUGUCCACAACGGAUAUGUUUGCUGCACCUGGAACAAGUCUAGGCGCUUCGAGUAAUGGAAAGAGCUACGGCAGUAGUGUGACUGGAGGAAGACCCGGAAAACGAGAGGCAGACGGUGGAUGGUCCAUCUCCUGGUGCAAAGACGCGACGACGGGUCAGUUGAUUGCCGUAGCGGCUGAUACAUACGGAUUGGUUAGAGUAUUACAACUGUCCGACUCGCGCUCGCACAAGACGGUCUUUACGCUCCCUCCAAAUGCGAGCGGCGCGACGGACUCGCCCGCAAUUACGACCGUUGCUUGGGCGCCACUUUGUGGAAGGCGCUUCCAUCUCAUUGCGACAGGAGGACGAGAAGGAAAGGUGAAUAUUUGGAAAAUCAGCCCUCCACACACCAAUGUCACUACGGAAUGGAGUGUAAAUCUCGCUGGAACAUUUGAUGAUCAUCAGUCGGCAGUGACAAGAGUCGAAUGGAAUGUGACUGGAACUAUCCUUUCAUCUGCAGGAAAUGACGGAAACAUUCGCCUAUGGCGGUCGACUUACGGUGGCAUCUGGCGCACAAUGGGUCACAUUCACACGGAACACGGUGACGACGAGGAGAUGCACGAAUAA